UUCGCUCGAUCGUAUCUUCGCCAAGUAACUACAUGGCGGGCCGCUAGGAGUGCUGCCAGCGCGGUGGCGGCUGUCAUUCCCACGUGCCAAGGCGUGCCGUUUAAGUGUGCUGACGACGCGGAGCUCGUCGACACAGCUCCGUCCUCUCUGCUUUGCACGGUGUCGACUUUCGGCAUGGCAUCUACCGAAAGAGAAUCUUCGCAACCUGAUUCAACUGCAGAUGACUGGGGCAAUUCGGAAUUCUUGUCUUCCAUGAAUUUAUGUGAUGAACCGGAUAAAGCUUGCAAACAUGAACGGAAACAGAGUUGUACACACGACAGGCGCGGGUGGCGACAUGCGAUCUGCACGGCCGCUCAGAAAGGUGAUGUGGCGGAUGCGAAGCGACUUCUAGCUACCGAGUGCGCAUGCGCUCCCCACGAGGCGGACGCGCGCACAGCCAAGGAGCGAGCGUUGCUGAACGCUUGCGUCUACGGCCACACGGACCUGCUGCGCCUCCUGCUGGCGCACGGCGUCAACGUCGACGCUCAGUUAGAAAACGGAAUGACUGGCUUGCUUUACGCAGCCGCACGCAACCGCGUGCAGUGCGUGGAAGUGCUGCUGGAUCACGGAGCGGACCUGCACCACGUCGGCCCCUACGGCAGCACGGCGCUGCACUGGGCGGCCGACAAGGGCGCAGCGGAGUGCGUGCGGGUGCUUCUGGAGCGAGGCGCCAACUCUACCUUGCCAGCCUACUACGGGUACACGCCGUUGUACUGCGCAGCAAAAGGAUACCCGUUGUUCGAUUUGCACCGCCCCUAUUCGCAGGUCAGACGAAAUCCAUCCAUCGACUACUUGGAAUGCGUGCGAAUUUUCUGCCGACAUGAAUAUAUUACAAGCGUGCCAGAGAAAGAAAAAAACGACGCUCUGCGCGCAGCUAUUGAGAAACGGAAUGAAGAAAUUACUCAGUUUCUUCUCGAUGAAAAUAUUGCCGAUGUUUCAUACAAGACGAUUGAUGGUGAGACUGUCUUGCACGUAGCAGCGCUGUGCGGUAAUGUGGAAAUUAUUCGGGCUCUCCUAAAGGCGGGAGCUGAUGUUAACUGUCGAGAAAACAAAGGUAAAACACCCCUACACCUCGUAGGGUCAUCUAUUUGCGCGCAAGAACUCAUUCGUUGGGGCGCAGAUGUUCGAGCCCAAGAUUUCGACGGCUGGGCUGCGGUGCACGUCUCUGCUUUCUGCGCGAGUGACGAUGAGAUCCGCGUCCUCGUGGAGGCUGGUGCCGACGUGGGGAUGACUGGAAUAAUUAUGAGCUCUUGUUUUGUAAUGAUAUAUGGAAGAAUCAGACGUACUCUGACACAUAAACGGAAACAGGGCUGCGUGCACGAUGAACGCGAGUGGCGGCGCAAGAUGCGGUGGGUGGCGCUGGGCGGAGAGGUGGCGGAGGUGGAGCGGCUGCUGGCCCGCGAGUGCGCGUGCGCACCGCACACGGCGUUCGCACGCAGGCUGAAAGAGUCCGUGUUGCUGGUCGCCAGCGUCCGCGGCCACGCGGAUCUCGUGCGGUUUCUGCUGCAGCUCGGCGUCCACGUCGACGCUCAGUUGGACCGUGUGACUGGCUUGCUUUACGCAGCCGCGUUCAACCGCGUGCAGUGCGUGGAAGUGCUGCUGGAUCACGGAGCGGACCUGCACCACGUCGGCCCCUACGGCAGCACGGCGCUGCACUGGGCGGCCGACAAGGGCGCAGCGGAGUGCGUGCGGGUGCUUCUGGAGCGAGGCGCCAACUUCACCGCGGAAGACAAGAACCGCGCUCUGCCGCUGUACUGCGCAGUAAAAGGAUACGGAAGUGCGUUCGAGAGGCGCCAUUUGCGCGACACGUGCACUCGGAGCAGGCGAAAUCCAUCCUGCGACUACUUGGAAAGCGUGCGCGUUCUCUGCCGACCUGAGUACAUUACACGCGUGCCGCAGCAAACAAAAAACUUCGCUCUGUGCGCCGCUAUUGAGAAAGGGAAUGUAGAAAUUACACAAUAUCUUCUCGAUGAAAAUAUUGCCGAUCUUUCGUACACAACGAUUGAAGGAGAGACUGUCAUGCAUAUAGCAGCGUUUUAUUCAAAUGUCGAAAAUAUUCGGGCCCUCGUAAUGGCGGGAGCUGAUGUUAACUGUCGAGAAAACAAGGGGAGAACUCCUCUCCACUUUGUACGCUCAUCGUCUUGUGCGGAAGAACUCAUCCGUUGGGGCGCGGAUGUUCUAGCCCAAGACUUCGAGGGCCUCGCGGCGGUGCACUACGCCUCCGCAAGACAAAGCGAAGACCUGAUCCGCAUCCUCGUGGCGGCCGGCGCUGACGUCGCGGCCGAAUGCAUCUAUGGAGAAACCGCCCUGCACAUUUGCGCCCAUUUGAGCCAUCUCGCUUGCGUGACGUUGUUGUUGGAUCUGGGCGCGGACAUAAACGCGAAAACGGUGGAAGGGAUGACACCUCUGCACUACACUGCUCAAACAAAGAACUUGAGCUGCACGCAGAACUGGUAUGAAGGGGCCUGUCGCCAGAGACCUGCAGGGCUGGACGGCGCUGCACUGGGCGGCGCGCGAGGGCUGGACGAACGGCUGCAGUACCUGCUGGCGCGGGGCUGGGCCUGCAGGAGCCGCACGGCGGCGGGGAGACGCCGCUGCACGUGGCCGUGCGGGGAGGGCAACGCGCGCUGUCGUGGAGGAGCUGGUGCGGCUGCGCGCGCCGAGUGAACGCGCGGGAACGAGCAGGGGCGCACGCGCUGCAGUGGCGGCGGGCGUGGGCGCGACGAGCGCUGUGGCGCAGGCGCUGCUGCGGGGCGGCGCCGACCCCGGGCGUGUGACGCGCCGGCCACGCGCCGGCCGACUGGCGUUGGAGCGCUGCGAUGCGGCGCAUCGUCGCUCGUGGGCCGUCG